AUGACGCCGUCGUCACCGAAAAUCAUCCGCAACGUCGCCGGGAUCAAAGGACUGCACGUCCUCCUCGACGCGUUCGACGAGGCCGUCGAGAAACGCUUGUUCGCGUCGAACACGCUCUUCCCCAGCGGUCCGGACUAUUACAAGAAGAGCAAGCGCCAGGGCGGGCAAGUACACCAGCUCGGCGGCUCCAGGGACUACCCCGAAGAUCUCGUCCGCCUCGCGAACGUCGUCCGCGACACCAGGCUCUACGAAGGCUACGUCACCCCGGACUACUGCCUGCCGCUCGUGUACCCGACGAAGGCUUCGUUCAAGGAUCACUUCGACGGGCGCGAGCGAUGGGGCGAGACCGUCGUCGGCGUGUCGCUCGGUCAGAGCAGCGUGAUCUACUUCUGCCCGGACUGCAGGACACAAUCUGGUAAGGCGCUGAGCGACGCCGUGCGAAGUCGCAGAAACACGCAGUACACGAGCUCGGACGGCCCCGUCAAGACGGAACUGGUGAUCAAGGAGACGAAUGUAUCCUUCGCGAUCGAGAUCGAGCUCCCGCGGCGUAGCAUAUACAUCAUGAGCGAGAACGCGAGGUACGAGCUCAAGCACGGGAUCAGGGCGGUGAAGAAGCCGGCGGCGGGGACGGCGCCGAGUUGGAACCCGCACGGUGAGCGCCGGUCACUGACGCUGCGCGCGCACAAGGCGUACUCGAACGUGUACCUCGAGCGCUUGGCGAAGAAACGGCCGAACGAUCAGAAGAUACGAGAUAGGAUCGAUGCGCAGAAUAAAUACGGGACGGACUACAAAGGCAUGUCGGAAAAACGCGCGAAGAAGGUCCUGAAAGCCGCGUUGAAGCUGCCCACGAAGCUUCGGUUUAAGGAUCUGCCCGGCGCGGGCGCGGGCGUGUCGCGGUCGUUCGUCGGCAGCGGGUAUCGCCUCGGUGGCGGUGGUAGUAGCGGUGGAGCCGUCGGCGGUGGAACGAAGCGCGCGCGAAGCGAGGCUGGAGUCAUCUGCAUCUCGGACGACGACGACGACGAAGCCGGUGGCGGCGGCGGCGAGUCCCGCGGGAAAGACGUCGACGCGGACGACGAACGCGAGAUCGCGCGCAAGGCGCGUAUCAGUCGCUUCGAGUGA